AUGGAACGUGCGCAGUCCCAAUCGGUGGAAAGAGCGGAACACGGAUCAUUUGAAAUUGUAAGUCUUGUUGGAAGAAACAAAGAAGCAAACAUCCACGAGGAGAGACUCCGACAGACUUGGAAAGGUGAAGUGGAAAUUAUCCAACCCAAUGGCGAUGCAAUUGGAAAUGAAAUAGUUAAUGACAUGUUUAAACAAGAAAAACAGUGGGAUGUUGUUGCUAUUUGUUUAAAUAAAAUGGAGAAACAAGAUUAUUCAGAAAUUAUUAAUGAAUUGAAGUUCCUACAACCUCGCGCAGCUUAUGAAAAUCUCCAUUUCGACAUUUCAAAAUUAUGA